CUAGAGCAACCGGCCCCAUGCUGAGUUGCCAUAGGUAGAAAAAGCGAGGGCCUAGACCAGACUUACGAUUAUAAGUAGACGUAGCCAGUUCAUCAGACGUUCCGCUCCGAGAUAAUGUCCAUUGCCAUUCUCUAGCAGAAUUACCUCUUCAAUACACUCACAACUCUGACUUCCAUCACAAUGCCCGUUGAGAACUACGGAGUGUGGAAGGCGAAGCCUGUUCGCUUCACCUACGAAACCGACGCUCAGGAUCAUGUAUCUCCCCAUCUGUCAUUGUACUUCACCACGAGUGACAAUAGUCGGGGUGAGAGCCGCGCGGCAAUCAACAUCAAGUCCGGGGAUAAGAGUGACUCUCGACUUGUGUUCUGGCUGGCUGAGAAAUUCGAGAACUUCCAGAACGACCGACUCCGGGAGAUGAAACCUGGUUUUCACCGACUGGAAGGCGCUGAGCAAGGUCCCAAUGGUCUGGCACUCGAUUAUAUUCGAGGCAACUUAUUCCACCGGGAGACAGGCCGGCUCUUACCCCAUGACAUUCCGGGCCCUGAUAACGAUAUCUUAGACGAACUCAUCCCACUUCUGGAUAGUGCCGUUGAUAGCGACAGUGUUAUCUAUCUUUUCGGAUCCCACUUCCGAGAUGGCAGUGGGAUCCAUAAUAUCCACAUGAACCAGGGAAGCCCCCGCCGGUAUAGAGGUGACAAUGGCAUCUAUCAGGAUGGAGGUUUCCUGGUGGACUUUGGCGAUCAUUGGAUUGGCGUAUUUAUCGGUUUCGCGUCCCAGGCUGUUCACACCGAUGCGGAGGGCCAGCCUACUCCCUCACAUGGAUACCUCUGCUGGAACGAUAUCUUGAACCCUGACAUUCCGGAGGAGCAGAGAAGGAAGCGUGAUAUAACGGAUCGUCCAGUCCUGAUCAGCGAGGCGGUGGUCAGCCCCGAGAUGGUCACUCUGACUAACCACACGGAUAAAGCCGUGCAUCUCGACGGCUGGAGCGUUCGUAAUAACGUUGGCGACAACGACCCGCUGCCACAGGGUGUCAUAUUACCUCCGAAGCGUCGCCAGAGCUUUCAGCUCCAUAGCUGUGCGCUUUCCGAUCAUGGCGGCACCAUCACGCUGUUGAAUGAACGGGGGAUGAAGGUGGACGGUGUGCGAUAUACUGAACAGCAAAGCCGGCCAGCGGGUCAUAUUCUCUCAUUUUAAUGGUUUAUUUGAUUGCACUCUGAUAUUUGUAUGCGCCUCACAGUAGCCUACUCGGUGGCCCGAAUGCUGACGGGUGUGUUCUUUUCCCGCGUAACCUAAGUAAUAUUAAGGCAAUACUCGGUUUGCAAUGAAGAUGAUACAAGCGGAUAGUCUCAUGUGGGAGAGUAGGGAUCUGGGGAUUCAAUCCACUUGAAUUUAUACCAGCCAAUUAAAUAAACCCAGAUUCGAAG